AUGCCCAUUUUUAAGCUGAAGCUCUGGAAUGGGCCUCUGCCCAGCUCCAGCCUAAACUGCGCGCUCGAACUCUUUGAUAGUGUGCGGACGCCUCACUACGCGCUCUCACGCACGGUGGAUCAGAUUGCCAGCAAGAGACACCGGAUAUCGAUGAAGUCAACACUGUCGAAGAAACGGUCAUCGGACAGGAUACGAGACAACCACGGCUCGGGCUUGAUCAUCUUCCAUCGUGCCGUCCUGCUGAGACUACUGUUCGACGCACUACCAGAUGAAGCCAAGGCUCAGUAUUUUGUCAGUAAGAGAGUCACGGGUAUUGACAUCUCUCCUUCUGGCACAACUGCACACUGUGACGAUGGAUCGUUGUACACUGGGUCCCUAAUCAUUGGUGCUGAUGGUGUCCACUCCAGGAUCAGCACCAUCAUACGGGAUCUCAGGCUCGACCUUCUGCAGACUGUGAGCGGCCAAAAUGCACUCGAUUCUGCCAAUGAUAUCACAAGCAACGCAGAGGACCCUUUCCCGGCCACUUACAAAUGUUUAUGGGGUUCAUUCAAGCGAGAGACGGACAUUGGCGAGAGUUAUGAGAUACAGGGUCACAAUCGAUCAGCCAUGUACCUGACAGGCAAGGAAAAGGCCUGGAUUUUCUUGUAUGAAAGGCUUCCGGUGACAUCAGCAAAGAAGGUAACAUACAGCCCCGAAGAUGCAAACGCGUUUGCGCAAAGCUUCGGCGAUUGGCACGUUCAUGAGAAGCUCAAUAUCAGCGACAUCAUGAACAAACCAACUUUUGUCUCGGGGAUGAAUAACCUUGGAGAAGGUGUCGCUGCGGCAGAAACGUGGAGUUUUGCCGGCCGAGUCGCCCUCGUAGGGGAUGCGUGCCAUAGAUUCACCCCCAACGCUGGGCUUGGACUCAAUGCGGGUAUACAAGAUGUUGUCUCCUUGGUGAAUCAUCUUCACGUCCUUUCUGCGCAAACCCGACGUGGCUUGUUCGACGACACGUUGUUUGUGAACACGUUGGAGAGAUACCAGGAGGAAAGGCGCGAGCCGGUGGCAAGAGACUACGCUGUGGCGUCACAGUCGACGCGGCUGCAAGCAUGGGCGACUUGGCGCGAUUAUCUGUUGGCACGCUGGUUCUAUCCAUUUGAGUUCGUGAAGAACUACCUGACGGAUUACGGAACGGCUGCCAGCUUCAAACGUGGACUUGUCUUGGACUUCAUUGAAUCUGACGAGGUGCUGCAUGGCAGAGUCCCCUGGGACCGUCCCCUCGUACGGGGUGCACUGCCCAUCAAGACGAGCUAA